CUCCAUCCCUAGGUCGACGCCUGCUACAAGUUACGCAAACCGUAUCGGAAUUUCGUUUGGUUUUGCUCGACGAUUACGGCGGGAGCGAUCCGGGACGGAGCUCGUCGUGUAGUGUUCCUGCUUUCCUUCUCGAUCAUUGGAUGCUGGAAAUAGGAGCUUUGGAGCUGUCAAUAGUCCUAGAGAGGAGUGGGAGAAAUCUAUUUGGAUUUUUAGGACAUUUGAGGGGUUCUUGCUUUCACAGAGGAGAGCUGAAGUGGAUGGUUUAUCCAACAUUUAAUUUGCAUUGGUUAUUGCUGUUGAGCAUUUUGGAGGGCUUGGGCAAUGGAGCUUGUGGAGCACCAUUCGCAUCAAGAAUUUCUUUCUUGGUUUGCUUCACAGUUUUGACCUUUUUCAUCUUUAAUUCAAAAGUCAAAGAGGGUCCUUAUCAAUUUGAAUCAGCAUCAAUGGAAGUUGGGGAUUAACCUGUGCAAGUUUCAUUUUAUGCCUUUUUAUAUCUAAACUUUGCUUUUUUAUAGGGACUAUAUUUACAGUGGCAACCAUGAGUUCUCGACUAAGUCGUACACUUUAUGUGGGCAACCUCCCUAUAGAUAUACGGGAAUCAGAAGUUGAAGAUUUAUUUCGCAAGUAUGGCCACAUAGUGGAAAUUCAAUUGAAGAAUCCACCUAGACCCCCUGGUUAUUGUUUUGUUGAGUUUGAAAGUUCGCGGGAUGCAGAAGAUGCAGUCAGGGGCCGCGAUGGCUAUGAGUUUGAUGGACAACGUCUUAGGGUUGAGGUAGCCCAUGGUGGUCGAGGGCAAUCAUUUCCAGUUGGACGAGGUAGUCGGCGUGGUGGGGGAGAAAACAAAUUUGGAGCGUCACAUCGUUCAGAAUAUCGAGUGAUUGUUCGGGGGCUUCCUUCUUCAGCUUCAUGGCAGGAUCUAAAGGAUCACAUGAGGAAGGCUGGAGAUGUAUGUUUUGCACAGAUUUACCGUGAUGGUGAUGGUGUUAUGGGCUUGGUGGAUUAUACAAAUUCUGAAGACAUGAAAUAUGCUAUUCGUAAGCUUGAUGACACUGAAUUUAAAAAUCCCUUUUCGAGGUCCUACAUCCGGGUGAAAAGCUACGAGAGAAGUAUGUCAAGGAGCCGAAGUCCAAGCAGAAGCCGUAGUAGAAGCAGAGGCCCUAGAAGGAGUCGGAGCAAAUCAUAUGAAAGGGCUAAAUCAAGAUCACCAUCCAAACCUGAAUCUCCACGACCCAGGUCUCAGUCUCCAGCCAGAGCGUCCAGAUCAAGAUCUAGGUCAAGAUCCAGUUGAUAAUUCCAGGUCUGCGCCUCUUCAAGAUUAUCUGUAUUCUCUAAAUUCUGCAUAACUACCGCCGUUGCUUCCGUGUUAUCUGUCUUCUUUAAAUUCUGCAAACCACUGCGAUGCUUCAGACAAUGAGCGAAUUUGAUCUGGCAUAUUCAACUCUUGUUUGUUCAAUUUAGUUACUUGAAUUCGAGUUCUAUUUGUUGUUUACUCUUACAAACUGUGGAUCAAACAAUUAUCAGCUGUUUUGUGUGGAAUUAUCGAGUGCUUUUCUUAUUUUAAAUUUUGUA